CACCUCAGUGCUACAUUCUCAUUCCCUGUGAAUAUAAAACCCACCUCGGACCUGCGGCCACUUUUUCCCUGUUGUGUUGUAGCCCAGUGCGAACGCGUCUCAAGCCAUGGCCAUGCUCAGAGUGUCUUCUUACCGCAAGCUGUUUGAGGAUAAUGGCGGGAGUCAAAACGGAGGGUCGAGUACGCGGUGCGCAGGGCAGGACCGGGCCUCAGGCAGGGGUGCGGUCGUUGACAAGUGUGUGUGUGACUGUGAGUGUGACGAGUUAGACUUUGUAGCUGCGAAGUCGCUCAACAAGGAGGGUCUGAGCCGGUUUGUCCUGGACCGCAACGUCAUCGCUGCCCUGAAUGAUCGCCUGGUCAGGCUUAUUGAACUGGCUCAUUGUUUUGAGGAGGAGAACGAGUCUCUUGAAUGUCAGAUAGUUGAACUAGAGGAGAAGCUGAACAGUCGACGAGCCUCCUCCAGCAUCAGCUCCACUGUGGCCGUGCCUGACUACAGUCUGGAUGCAGUGGUGGAAAGACUGCGCAGGGAGAGGGAUGAGAUUCUGUGUGACACCGAGGAGCUGCAGAAAGAGCUCGAGUGUCUGAUGAAAGAGUACGAGAAGGCUGCACAGCACAGGGUCCUCCUCCAGCAGGACCGACUCGACGUUGCUGAGGAAGUCGAUGCUGUGACAGCAGAGUGUUUGGCGCUGAGGGAGCAAGUGGCUAUCUACGAGGAGCAGCUGGCCAACAUGGAGGCCCAGCACACGACGGCAGCGGAGAGCAUGUUGGAUCGAGCUGAAGGGACUGCGAGAGCGGUGGCGGCUAUUAAAUUUGGCGCCCCUGACAUCACUCGAGCCCUGGAUGUAAAGAAGUACUACUGCCAGCUGGCUGAGAGCCUCCAGUUCGAGUGUGGUGCAGCCUCCUCCGCUGUGGUUCGCCGUGGGGAUGGAAAACAACUGGAAGUGGGAGGAGCUGGAGGGUCAAGAGUCAAAGACCAGUCAAAGAUAACUGAUGCCAGUGAGCUGAAGAUGCUGAUUGCAGAGCUACGAAAGGAGCUCGCUGAGCUCGCGAAGUGUAACGAGGAGCUGGAGGAUGAGGUUGAGAUGAAGAAGGCUGCGUACAUGGACCAGAUUGCUGAGUUGAAGGGUACUAUAGAUGGACUGCGGCACCAGGCGGCUGACUUCCAGGUGCAGAUGAAUGAGCAGUGUGAAGACUACAAGGAGCUGCUCAGUGAGAAGAUGGCCAGAGACAUGGAAAUUAGUGCCUACAGGAGUCUGGUGGAGGAAGAGGAGGAGAGGCUGUGUGACCUGUGACUUGAAGCCGGAGAGUCAGACUGGCAGGCUGGAUGCUUCCCCCUCACAUGGAUUAGAAAAUAAGAAAAACGUGAAAAAACAAGCCUAAACCAGCACUAGGAUGAAGCUUAAGGUACCAACGCAGCAAUUUAAGCAGAACUUAUCAUGACAGAUUAAUGCCGUCUGGAGGCCUAAGCCGGGCCAUUGAUAACAGGUCUCUGGCAGAUGACCCCGAGACUUCAAGAAAGAUGGAGCUGUCUAAAAGAGGUGGGAGGACGGGGAGCCGUGCGAUGAUUGUGUAUCCAUUCAGUGUCUGGCAGGGAUUUUUCCUUAAGUGGUUUUAUCUUUACCAGCUCACUGACAUGAUUCAUAAAUGUUUUGUCCACUCUUUGUUCAACGAGUCCCACACAGACACACAGACACACAAGUUAAACUGCGCGGCUCCGUGAAGUCAUUCCCCCUCUGAUAUCACCUCGUCCAUCACUCAAACUUUGUCUGAUUAUUGGCUCUUAACCCUUGACCCCUUCACUGUUAACAAACAUAUUGCCAGCUCUCCGUUUGGUAACUAAAAGCAUCCCGCCUUCCCUUUUGCUUUUACAGUCAUGCAUUUGUGUUUCGUUUUGCGUAUAACUGCAGGGCACUGUUUGCUUUUCAAAUGGUUCAUGAAGUUAUUGUUAUUUCUGCAGUUCUUACAAAAAGAGCACCUGGAUGUUUCAACAAGUAAAACCUGCGUGAUUCAUUAUUUCUCCUUUUGAAAAGCAAUGUCCCAUGUUGCUGUCGUUUCAGAAAUAAGCAUUUGGUAAUACAUUCCUCUGUAAUGUUUUCCUUAUUUCAUACACGACUUUCAAGCUGUCUGUGAUAAAUCAUUUUUAGUUCACGCUUCUGCCCGAGCAUCACAAUGUGCUUUAGAUUUAAAUUAAAUAAAACCAGUUGCU